AUCAAAUAUGCAGAUGAGCAGACACUCCACAAUGUCAUGGAUGAUAUUCAUGCUCGCCGGCGUACUUGCCACCCCAACAUCACAAGUCCCAAGAGACGUCAACAGCGCCGCCGAGAACACCUACCACCAAGCCACCGGUGGCGUCAAGACUGGAUGGGAUACGAUGACACACUGGGAUAGGCCGGCACACUGGAGUACGCAGGCACACUGGGAUACGAUGGCACACUGGUUCAGUAGCAAACGCCACGGCCACACCCCCAAGCGGGUCGAACGAGGACAUCAAGCCUGCCGCGCCACAGACCACGUCUACUGGCUCACGUACCACAUCACCAUUGGAGCCGACUACGAUCCAGCACGCUGCCUCACGCUCCAGGACCGACUGCGAAAGGGCGAGAGCGUCAGCUUUUGGAAGUGCGAGAGUGACCGUGACGAUGAUAACGAAGAUGAAGACCACGACGACGAGGAUCACGAAAAAGGAUUUUUCAAGAUACGAUUCAAUACUGCGGCGGGUCGAGAGGUGGGAUUGAAUGAGGAUCUGGCGACUGAAUUUCAUGAAAUCAAUGGCUUCAAUUGUCCGGGAAUUUAGGGCUUCUCUGCGGGCUGUUGUGAGUGGAGAGAAAGAAAGAAAGGGUCUCUGUUUUGCAUGAGGAGUGGAUUGAUUUGGGGGGUGAAGUUGCGCGUUUGGAUCUGGCAAUGAAUGAACCUGUAGCGUGGGAAGGCGAUGAAGGUUGAUUUUCUUUUCUAAGGCAUCAUUCUCCCCGUCUGCGACUACCACGCCAGCGAUAAACAAAAAAGACAAUAUACAUUAAUACACUUGGCAUACGACAGAAUCACCGAGAUAUGCGAACACAGAAGGUUUAUGC